AUGAACCUCAUGGAGGAAGGAGAAGGUGAAAAUCAAACAUUUAUCACAGAAUUCAUCCUGCUGGGAUUUGGGAAUCUCCCUGAAUUGCAAUUUAUUUUCUUCCUCCUUUUUCUGGGGAUCUACAUUGUCACCAUGACUGCGAACACGCUCAUUGUAGCGCUAGUUGUGGCUGAUCAGCACCUUCACACCCCUAUGUAUUUCUUCCUGGGGAAUUUGUCCUGCUUGGAGAUCUGUUGCACCUCAGCCAUUCUGCCCAGGAUGCUGGCCAGCCUCCUGACUGGGGACAGAACCAUUUCUGUAACCGGCUGCAUUGUGCAGUUUUACUGGUUUGGUUUCCUAGUGACUGCUGAGUGCUCUCUGCUAGCUGUGAUGUCAUACGAUCGAUACUUAGCAAUAUGUAACCCCCUGCACUAUGCAAUCCGUAUGAAUGGCAGGUUCUGUAUGCAGCUAGUAGCCGGAUCUUGGCUAAGUUCAUUCAUAAUUCUUACCACGUUAAUAUCUUUUAUGUCACAAUUAGCCUUCUGUGGCCCUAAUGAAAUUGAUCAUUUUUUUUGUGAUCUCACCCCAGUGAUUAAACUCUCCUGCAGUAACACCAGUCUGGUUACCCUGGUGACUCUAAUAUUCUCCUCCAUAGACACUGUUCCCCCAUUUCUGUUGACCCUGAUAUCUUAUGUUUGUAUCAUCUCCACCAUCCUGAGGAUCCCUUCCACCACCGGGAAGCAAAAGGCAUUUUCCACCUGCUCCUCACACCUUACUGUGGUUACACUUUUCUAUGGGACACUAAUAACUGUCUACAUGUUACCAAACACCGGUGCCCUGAAAGCCCCAAACAAAGUGUUUUCUGUCUUUUACACGGUCUUGACACCCCUGAUUAAUCCCCUCAUCUACAGCCUGAGAAACAAAGAGGUCAAGGAGGCCCUGAAGAGAGUGCUUCAGAAAUGUAGGGUGUUCCCAGGCAUUCAGAGAAAUUGA